AUGUUCAAAGUUCUUGGCACCAUGUGGUUUCCACUCAUUACCAGAAAUCCUUUUUACACACCCCUCACAACCGGCCCUGACGAAGAGGCGGAAACACACGUGGGUGUUAAGUAUGAAGAGAGAAAAUCAAAAUGGAACAUCCUGCUUAUUCUGACGGCAUGUUUCGCAUCCGCUGCCCUAGGUUUUGCCUUUGCAAGAAUCUUAAAUACUCAUUCCAUCGUUCUCACCCCUUCCGGACCUCAGUGCACAUUACUUGUUGAGGAAGAGCUAGAGCCUCAUAUGCAAAGAAGCCAUAUGAGACAUUGUCUUGAUUUUUUGAGGCAGAGUUUGAUGUGUUGCGGGGAUAGUAGUAUUGAGAAAGUUGAUCCUGAGUUGAAGGGUGUAACGGGCUGGGGUACUGAGCAUAUAUGUACGAGUUGGGAACAAUUGCAGAAGUGGGUUGGAGGGAGACAGAGGUUGGACCGUUAG